AUAUAUGUACCAGAUUGGAGAUCACGUGUUAUCCUGUCAAUGAAAGUAUCGCAAAUCCCCAACGCUAUCAUGGGAUUUGUUGUCGCCCUGGACAUGACCGAUCGUGCUCUGCAGAAUCGAUUGAAAUCCCGUCAACUUCCGUGGACCCUAGCCAAAUGCUUUGACACAUCUUGUCCGGUUGGUCCGGUUUUGCCUGCCUCCUUGCUGCCACCAAAUCUACUUCUCGAACGUCCUGAUCCUAAUGGUCCAACACUUGGAUUGUGGUUACGUGUCAAUGAUCAGGAGCGGCAACGUGGAUCCGUUGUCACCAUGAUUCACUCUCCCCUCCACCUCAUUUCCUUUAUUUCCCAUUGUAUGCGUCUGGAACCGGGCGAUCUCAUCCUGACCGGGACACCAGCUGGGGUGGGCCCAGUUCGUACAGGCGAUGUGAUUCGAAUGGGCAUUGACAAACUGUGUGAUGUCGAAUUUCCUGUGGCUUAG